AUGUCAGGACGUUCUUCAACAAAAUUGUCAUUUGAAUUACCACUUUUUCAUGCCUAUGUCACAGGCAAUGAUGCAUGUGAUGUGUUGUUGAAGCUGGAAAAAGAAUACGAUAUAAAAUUUGUCAUAGAUGAAGAUUCGGUUUAUGUGGAAGGUUUGAAGGGACGGGAUCUGAAACCCAUCAAGGAGACACUUUUUGAUGCUUGGAAGAUGGAUAAUUUUCAGCGUGCUAUAGAAAUUUGUGAAUUAACGGCUAAAUCAAACUGUCAAUUUCUGUUUGAAGUAUCACCUUUGGAAGCUGCUCUUAUACAAUUGAAUGUUAAAACUAUUCUGCACCGGACGGGAGUAUUGCAGUUGAAAACAGAUAAUGAAGGUCAUGUAUGCAUUUUUGGAAACGGAGCCUCAAUUUGUAGUGCUUACGAUACAAUUGCUUCGAUUCUUCGCAAAGCAUCUUUUAAAAGCAAUACCACUUUGCAAGGCUUUAAUGAACAACCUUGUGUUCUUCUCAUGUAUGUUCCGAGCACAAUUGCUCAGUUUGUAUUUUCAAAUGAUAAGCGAAGUGUGAAUGCAUUAGAACGUAUAUCCCGGUGCAUCGUUGAACCACAUUUUAAGGAUGCAGAUGCAGUUGGUAACAUUAAGAUUGAUAUAAUCACCAAAGACCUUCAUAACGCACUAACUGCAAAGACAGCAUUGAUGGAACUGAUUGAAAGUCAUGUUGGGAAAAUUCAUAAAUGGCCAAGUCCGGUAACUAUUUGCUGUGGUUCGCUUGUAUCACGAUCAAUUCCGGAAGUAUCUUGCCGUUCAUUGGAUGAGUGUAAAGCCGUACUAUAUGGUUCGACAGAUAAAAGCUUGACUUUUAGCGUGCCUGAUUUUGAAGCUUCGCGUCUAAUUGGUACUCGAGGAUUAAAUAAAAAAAGAAUCGAAGAGCGCACAAACUGCUUCAUUUCGUUGCACACAGAAGCAAAGCAUGGCGGUGAAUUUCCUGUAGAAGUAAUCGGCCAUAAUGUGAAGGAAUGCGAAGCUGCUCAGAUUUAUAUCCAAAAUUUUCUGAAGGAAACACCGGGACACAGCAAUAUGACUCACAGUAAUCUGUUGGGUGCAAUGCAAUCAUCUCAACGUUUUAAUUCUGAAGUGGAAUUGUCACAGAUGAAUAUGUUGUCUCAUAUCUAUAAGCCAUUAUACAACGCAAGAAUGGAAAAUCCAAUGCAGUGGCAAUCAAUGCGAAAAGUUACGUCAAGGAAAAUUUUCAGCGACGGCGAAAUUUAG